GCACACAUGGGUUUGUACAAAUAUGUGAACAAACUAAAUGUUCGCAAAACCAAUAUCAUAAUAAUUACAAUUUACCAAAGGAAAAAAAAAAAACCAAAAUAGGUAUACGAGUAAGUGUAAAAUAAAAAAUUCCCAUAAAAUCUCCUUUGUCUUCGUCAAACUUUUCAGAAUUAGACCUCUUGUCCCCUUCAAGCGCAAUAAAAAUGAAAGUAAAAAAUAAAAUAAACAAAAGUUUAUCUUUUCUACAGAUAAACCAUAACUUUCUCUAACUUUACUCCUUUUUAAACUCACAUUUCCCCUCACUUCACUCUCUCCUCUCUCCAAAGACCUCCGACGAGAGUUUACCGGAAAAAUAAAAACAACUCUUUACUUUAAUCAACGAAACUUAUGGAAGAUGAAGCCCAUGAAUUCUUUCACACAUCUGAUCAUUUUGUCGUUGAUGACCUCUUAGUUGAUUUCUCUAAUGAUGAUGACGAAGAAAACGAUGUUGUUGCUGAUUCCACCACAACCACCGCCAUAACCGACAGCUCUACCUUCUCCGCCGCUGAUAUUUCCAAUUUUCACGGUGAUGUUCAAGACGGUACUAGCUUCUCCGGUGACCUUUGUGUACCGUCUGAUGAUUUGGCUGAUGAGUUGGAGUGGCUUUCAAACAUUGUGGAUGAAUCGUUGUCGCCUGAAGAUGUACACAAGCUCCAGCUAAUAUCCGGUUUUAAGACCCGACCCGACCCGAAAUCCGAUACCGGAAGCCCGGAAAACCCGAAUAGCAGCAGUCCGAUUUUUACUACCGACGUUUCUGUGCCGGCCAAAGCUAGAAGCAAACGCUCACGCGCCGCCGCUUGUAAUUGGGCCUCACGUGGGCUUCUCAAGGAAACGGUUUACGACAACCCUUUCACCAGAGAAACCAUUCUCUCUAGCCAACACUUGUCUCCACCGACCUCGCCGCCUCUAUCGAUGGCUCCGCUCGGGAAAAAGCAAGCCAUCGAUGGAGGACACCGGCGGAAGAAGGAUGUUUCUUCACCGGAGUCUGGUGGCGCAGAAGGGAGACAGUGUCUCCACUGCGCCACCGAUAAGACGCCGCAGUGGCGAACAGGCCCAAUGGGCCCAAAGACGUUGUGCAACGCUUGUGGUGUCAGGUACAAAUCCGGGCGUCUAGUCCCGGAGUAUCGACCCGCGGCGAGUCCGACGUUUGUGCUGACGAAGCAUUCAAAUUCUCAUCGGAAAGUUAUGGAGCUCCGGCGACAGAAGGAGAUGAGUAGGGCCCAUCAUGAGUUUAUACAUCACCAUUACGGUACGGACACUUCCAUGAUUUUCGACGUUUCAUCGGACGGUGAUGAUUACUUGAUCCACCACAACGUUGGCCCAGAUUUCAGACAGCUUAUUUGAUUUAAUUGAUCCCUUUUUAUUUUCCAAUAAUUUAAUUAGGGAUUAUCUUCUUAGAUCAAAUUUUGCUAAUCUAAAUUUUGAUGAUCAUGACAAUUUACUUUUUCUUCCGUUUAAUUUUGUGUUGUUUUGGAAUUUGCUAGAAAACUUUUGUUGCAUUCCUCAUGACAUGAAAUGAAUUUUUUAGUUUUUCUUUUGGUCUCUUU